AUGAUGCGUGAUAUCUUAACAGGAGGUGCUUGUAAUGUAAAUGGCGAGUCUUCCUCUCAAGUUAACAUAAAUCCUUUUAAUAGAUUAAUGGGAAGUUUAUUCAUGGGAAAUGCUUAGAAUUAGGAUAGAUUGUAAGGUUUCAGAACCGAUGGAUAACAAGGUGAUCUGAUGAAGAAUGCUAUGCAAGAAAGAGCUUAAAUGAUGCAAAUAAUGAAUUAAAAGUUUGAUAUGAUAAAUAAAGAAGAAAUGGCUAACUAAUAAGUUAUGGAUUAACACUUUAACUAACAAUAAAUGUUAAUGCACUAGCAAAAUUUAUAAAUGGAACAAGCUUUUGUUUAAUAAUAGCAAAUGAUGCAUCAUGAAAAUAUGAUGAUGGAUUAAAUGAUGCAAGAAUAAUUCAGAUAGUAGCAAGCAUUGUAAAUUUAAUAAAUGUAAGAAUAAGAAAAAUUAAUGAGCUAGCAAUUUGAUUCUCUAAAGCUACAAUAAGAAGCUGAAGAAUAUGCAUAACAAUUAAUGAUGGAAAACGAAAUGGAAAAUGUUGAGCUCGAGUAGCAAAAGAUCAAGCAUGAUGCUGGCGAGUUGUUUGAUAAAAUGGCCAAGGAUGACAGCCCAAGAAUGAAAAACUCUAAGUUUUUGCACUUCAUGGGACAUCUCAAAUCUGGUCAGCUAAAAAUUGAAGGUAAUGAAAUUGUAGAAGGAGUUCCAGAUUAAGAUUAAAAAGAUAUUGAUGCAAUUUUCAACAAAGCCUAUGAAAACGCUAUGGAAGAGUAAAAGCAAUCUGAAAACAAUGAUGGAUUUAAUUUAGAAUAAUAUUGGCAAUAGAAAAUAUCAGAGUACGAAAAAGAAAGACAAGAUGAAGAAGGAUUUGAAGAGAAAUUGGACAAGGAAUAUUAAGAUGUCUUAAAAUAUAUGUAGGAAUCAGGAGAUUAUGAAGAAUUAAGCAAAGCAUGGUAAAAAGCAAGUGAUUUAGAAGAAUAAAGUUUAUACAAAGAUGCUUCAGGUAGAUAUGCCUUCAAUAAAGCCAAUCCUUAUAUGUCACAUGAAAAUCCUCUCCACCUUGCUUUAGAAUUUAUUGCAAGUGGCAGACCAUUUGAUGCUAUUCUUGCCUUAGAAGCUCAAAUUUAAAAGAAUCCUGACGCUCCCAGCAGCGCUAACACUUGGAGACUAAUGGGAAGAUUGCACUAAGAAAUGGAUCAAGAUUAAAGAGCUGUUGCCUGUUUAUUAAAUGCCUUACAAAAAGAUGAUAGAAACCCAGAUACUUUCCUCGCUUUAGGUGUUUCAUGUACAAAUAUUUUGGAUGAAGUUAAGGCCAUGGGCUUCCUCAAAUAAUGGUACUUAAUAAGUGAUAUGUAAAAAGCUUUCCCUAUACCUGCUGACAUAGUACCUGAUGAUAAAGUAUAUAGUGAAUUAUCCACUGAUGAUAUUAAGAAUAUGAAUAAAAACAUGCUCGAUGCAUUCUAUGCUGCUCGUAACCAAUUCCCAUAAAAUGCUGAUUUACAUGUUUGCUUAGCUGUCUUGCAAUAUAUAUCAAGAGAUUACUAAGGUUCUGUAGAGUCAUUUAGAGAAGCUUUGAAGUAUGACCCUAGUAACUAUUCACUAUGGAACAAACUUGGUGCCACUCUUGCUCAGCUUGGAAAGGCAGAUGAAGCCAUUAAUGCUUACUACAGAGCUCUUGAGCUUAAACCUAACUAUGUCAGAGUUUGGGUAAAUUUAGGUAUAGCUCAUGCUUAUAAAUAAGAUUUUGAUGAAGCUGCUAGACUUUAUUUGAAUGCUCUUUCCUUUAAUCCUGAGGCAAAGCAUCUUUGGUCUUAUCUGUAGACUUGCUUCAUGUGUUUAUAAAGAUUCGAUCUUGUUAGUAAAAUAAGCGAUCAUAACCCAGCCUUAUUUGCUGAUGAAUUUGAGAUUCUUAAGUUUGACGAUUUACCUCAACCUGAAUUCAAUUAUUAAGAGGCUACAAAGAAAUAUUUAAUAAGCGAAAAUGAAAUCAAUGCAAUGGUUUCUGAAUAAUUAAAUAAAAAAUGA